UGAGAGAGGUGAUACCUGAUAUUGGAGUACCUAAUUCUGAUUUUAUAAACGUGAGAUCCGACUGUAUUAACGAAAAUCAUCACCUUAGUCUUAUCCCUUUAUGGCACUUAAACAUGUGUCUCGCCUUGACCAUGAAGCAAAAGAGAUUGCUUCAUGGCCUUUUGUGUAAUUGCUUAAUUAUUACACCAAAAAAUCUUUUAAAUUUUCUAUAAUAAUAUUACCUUGAAAAUUUUCAUUUUACUGUCUAAUUACAUAUUUUAUUUUUGAACUAUCUUCCAAUUAAUUAAUAAUCUAAAACUAAUUUAUUUCAAUGAUUUCUUCAUCAACAAAUCAGUCUACAUUAGCUCAACAACAACAACAUCAACAACAUUUACAACAACAUCAACAGCCUCCACAGAGAGGACAUAAUGUUCAGACGAGGGAUUAUGCAUCGCUACAAUUGGAAGUUUUUGAAUUGCUCUGCAUUUUUCAAAGAGUUAAACGUAUUCAAUCAAAAGAUACCACUCAAUGUGGCCAACUUGUCCAAGACAAUACUAUGAAUGAUGAACAAAGGAGUGAAUAUAUAAAUCGUUCAAUGUAUAGAAUUUUGAAUGAAGUUGAAGCUAAAAUUGUUUGUUUGCCAAAUAAUACAGGCAAAUAA